CGGUGUUUUCAUUUGUUUACAUUUUAGUUCCAAAACAAAAUUUUGAUUUUCUAGUGGUUUUUAUGUUUAACUUCAUAUAAAUUUGUGUUUGUUCCCAAUAAGAACUAUAUUGAAUAGUGCAACUAAAAAAUGAAUUCUUGAUCAGUGAAAAGGAGAACGAUAAGAAAUCAUGAAUAGUGUUACGAUCAAUGAUCUUCCCAAUGAGAUCUUAGAGCAAAUUUUCUCUAACCUAUCCCUGGACGAUUGCAAGUCAGUAACACAAGUUUGCCAGCGAUGGUUUUCCGUAGGCUUCCAACCAUGGACUGUGAUGUUAGAUAUCGAUAUAAGCCGGUUCAACGAAGAUCACACUCAGCUGGAUGUCUUGUUAGCUAGCCGAAGAAUCUACCGGCACGCUACCUUUCACUUUGACAACGAUUACACGAACUAUGAACUGCUGUUGGCGAUUCUCAGGAAAUUUCACACCGGUUUACGGACGCUUACCAUGCUGCCAUGCACUUUCGUUCCGUUGCAGCUCGAAUUCUUGCAGCUGGUUCUAAGCCACUGCGAGAGCAUAGAAAAGCUAUACAUAGACCCAUGCAAUUUUCGAGACGAUGUCACCUACCAGGACAUUGGGUUUAAGUCCCUGCCAAACUUACGAUCUCUUCACUUGGAUUCGAACUUGCUUGAACUGCCUUCAUUCGAUAUAGGUACUCUGAUGCCUGAAUUAGUAGAACUGCAUGUACCUAUCGGAUACUACUCGGAUCGGCCAGUUCAAGUUCUUCGUCAAUUGUACAACCAACUAACAAACGUUGAACUCUGGUUUCUGACUGAGCGUCACUUUAUGAGCGUUUGUGGCUUGAAGUUUCCUCGACUGCACCGAAUCGCAUUACAUUGUGUGGAUCUAGUUUUGGAUACCCACUCGUUGAUUAUGGCCGUCAUCAGUUUCUUUCAAGACAAUCCGACCGUGGAACAGGCUGUUCUGAAAUUUAGCAUUUGCGCACCAAUCCUUCAGUCCAUUGCCGAACAUUGCUUGAAUCUCCGCUAUCUGUGCCUCAAUACCAGUAACCUUCAAGAAGAUUGCUAUCGGUGUUUUGGAGAAAUGAAGAACUUGGAGCGAUUGCGGUUGGAGGAUUUUGCGCUGCGACUACAGGAACACCUAGAAGACUACCCUGUUAUGGGCAGUAUCAGACAGUUAACAUGGUGGAAAUUUCUAAUCCGAGUGUCUUCAAUCGAUUCCUCACUCAUAGCUAUCCCAACUUAAGGAGCUUGGAACUGUUACAGCUUAACCACCGAAGGAGAGCUAAAGAAGCACUACACUUCCAGCAAGCCAUCUACUACGGACUAGGGCGAUUGGAAAGGCUCGUUUUGAGCGAACCCGGCAUGAUUCUGGAGGAAGAACUUUUUCCAUAUUUACUUAGCUUGCCACAGCUAAAAGAGCUAAGAUUGAAGUUCCGAAAGCUGGUUCUACCAUUGGACGAUUUAAGCAACAAAAGUUACCUGCAAUCUCUUCGCAUUAUGGCUCUUUCGAUGCCACACGAAAGUGCACUCGCCAAAAUGCUGGAAUCACUGCCCAAUCUGCGUAAACUGGAGCUGGCCUCUUUUGUUGGCAGUAUCGGUAACGGUAGUUUGAAAAGCAUUCGGAAAGCUCUCCCCGAGCUGGAUAUACGGGUUCGUAAACGGCUGCGCAUAGAAGAGCAGUUGUAACAACGAAACCUCGGUAACGGUUAGUUUUUAGAUAAUUGUUUCCUGUUUGUUAAUCUAUUAAUCAAGA